AUGUAUCGCGCGAUUCGAUCUUUCGUCGAGAAGCUCGAUGGGAACGAGUGGAGUGGUGACACGACUGUUAGCGAGAAUCGCGAGUGGCUGAAUCAUAUUGGAAGUUGUUUCCUUGGAUCUGAAGUUGAUCCUGCCCCUUCUACGUCCCUCCGCAACUCCUUCGCAGAAUCCCUCAUGAGAAAAACCGUACUGUUUACGAUCCUGCCGCUGCUGUGCCUUUUCGCCAUUAGUUUCAACGCGUUGAAUGCCGAAGAAACGAAGCUUCCAGAGAAAAGCGACUUUCAUCUUUACCUGUUGGUGGGACAGUCCAAUAUGGCUGGACGAGGUAAAGUGACCCCGGCCGAUCAAGAGGAGAACGCCCAGCUACUGAUGUUCAAUCAGGAUGGCAAAUGGGUUCCCGCUGUCGAUCCCCUGCACUUUGAUAAGCCUCGAAUUGUCGGAGUCGGGCUGGGGCGGACGUUUGGACUCGAGGUGUUGAAGGCAAAUCCUAGCGUGACCGUUGGGCUGAUCCCUUGUGCGGUAGGUGGUUCGCCGAUUAAGUCUUGGGAGCCUGGGGCGUAUGAUAACCCAACAAAGACUCAUCCUUACGAUGACGCGAUGAAGCGGGCCAAAGCCGCGCUUGAAGCAGGCCAACUCAAGGGUAUCUUGUGGCACCAAGGCGAGUCCGAUUCAGGUCCCGGCAAAGCAGAAGUUUAUCAAGAGAAGCUUACGCAACUCAUCGAGCGAUUUCGUAAAGAAUUGAACGCUGAGGAUGUGCCAUUUGUAAUCGGUCAGCUUGGCAAGUUCGAAGAGAGGCCUUGGAGCAAAGCCAAAGAACAAGUCGACGCAGCUCAUCAGGCAAUCGCGGAAGAAGACGAGAACGUUUUGUUCGUCGAAUCGGAUGGAUUGACGCACAAAGGCGACAACGUUCAUUUCAACGCCGAUUCGUAUCGCGAAUUUGGUAAGCGAUACGCCAAGGCGUUUCUCGACUGUCAAAAAGCCAACGACGAUUAG